CUUCCUUUUGGAGUGUCCGAUUUUUCUGAUGACUUGAAAAGUCUAGUGACGCGUCAAAACUUCUGGAACACCAUCUCGGUGAGGAUGUUGCGGUUGACUGAUCAUCCGGUGUUGCCUGUUUUGCCAUCUGGUUGAAGCCUCAAGACUAUCACUCGCCUCUCAAACCAUUCCCGGCCAAAUUGCUCAACAUCAAUCGAACAAAAUGCCCAUCCAAAGGUCGCGUAGCAAGCCGGAUCUCGAGUUCACACUACGUCAGGUCUUUGGGAAACCAUCGUUCAGACCUGUGCAGCGAGAAGUUAUUGAAGCUGCUCUAGCGGGCAAUGAUGUUUUUCUCCAAGCCGCCACCUCAUUUGGCAAAAGUUUGUGCUUUCAAUUGCCAGCAUGUAUUGAUCUUGGAAUCACAAUCGUCGUCUCACCACUUCUCGCACUUAUGAACAACCAGGUUGCAGCUCUGCGCGCGGCAAACAUUGCGGUGGCUACUAUCAAUAGCACUGUCUCUAAGACCACCCGUGAUGGCAUUAUGGCCGAUCUCAAGACCGGCCACCCUAUGACCAGACUUCUAUAUGUCACCCCAGAGUUCUGCGCCAUGGACCACUUCCGCAAUGUCUUACGCAUAGUCCAUGCGCAGAAAGAGCUUGCCCGGAUCGCCAUCGAUGAGGCGCAUUGUAUAUCAGAAUGGGGCCACGACUUCCGGCCCAGCUUCAAAGAGCUUAACUUCUUCAGAAAGGAGUUCCCAGAUGUACCGAUGAUAUGCUGUACUGCGACGGCCACACAGCGAGUGCGAGACGAUAUCAUCGCGACGCUACAACUCGACAAGCGUAAGUUGAAGCACUUCACCAUGAACACCAGCCGACCAAACCUGCACUACGAAGUGCGGUACAAGUCAGAUGAAGAAGACCACUACGACGACUUCCUUGCCUGGAUCAAAGCAGCACAUAAUCGACGCAAAAGUCCGGAAAGAGCAGCUGAACUGGCAGCCAAGAAAGAACGACCCACGAACGUGCCGGGCAUCAUCUACACCCUAUACCGCCGGGACUGCGAAAUCCUUGCCGAAAGACUAACCUCAGACGGCAUCGGCGCAAAGCCCUACCACGCCGGCCUCAGCAACGAACAGAAAGACGACCAUCUCUCCGGAUGGGUCGCCAAUCGAGAAGGCUACGAUGUCAUAGUCGCAACCACGGCCUUCGGAAUGGGUAUCGACAAAGAAAACGUCCGUUUCGUCGUUCACUGGCAGAUUGCAAAGUCAUUCGAAGGCUACUACCAAGAAGCCGGACGUGCAGGCAGAGACGGCAAAGCUUCCGUCUGUAUCGUCUACUACUCACGCGAAGACCGCGAUCGUAGCGCCAACAUGCUCGCUCGAGCCCAAGAGCAAAAAAUGCGCACCGAAUCCACCAGGGGCCGCAACAACCCCGAAUACAACAACCACAGCACACAUCCCGACAGCAACGGUCGAGCCAACUCUCUUCUCUUCUUGACCAAAUACUGCGAAGCAACCGACAAAUGCAGACAUAAAAUGAUAGCCACUUACUUUGGCGACAACACUGAAGUCCCUUGCAACUACGCCUGCGAUCACUGUAAAGAUCAAAAGGGCUUGGAGAUGAGGAAGAAGAAUGGAUUGGCGAGUGAAGAGUGGUGUUUGACACAGAGGCAGUCUUACUCAUAUGACGAGUACGAUUAGAAACGUGUGUCAUGAGGAAUCAGUGGACCCCUUGAUUGUCAGAUGUCGAGAAUUAUGAGGCAUGGAAGAAAGGUUGCUAGUCCUAUUGCUUUUAUAGCAUGAAUUAUAUGAUCUCAUAAUACCCC